AAGAUGUGUGCUGAGUAAGAGGUCAGGAGAGGUCACGCCAAUAGGACCAGCAUCUGCAGGCUGCUGAAGUGCGCCGCCUGGCCUGAUAGGAUAGAGAGCAUGCUGCAUGAAGCUGGUGGGGGUCUCUGUUCUUUUGGCUGGGACAGCUGCUUGGCUCAGUGCUGCCUCUGCUGACCUCUAGGAAGCAUUUCCACCUCUGAUGUACUGAUGCUGCUCCUGUCAAACUGCUGCACCGCAGAUGAUCACAGACCAGUGCAAGAUCUCCAGCAUCAUAUUGCACAGAUAUACUCUGUCCAUCCCUUCAUCUUAAACAGCAGCACCACUAGUCCAGUCUGCUGUUUAGAAACACACCCAGGUAUUUCUAGCUCUGUGGAACCUCCAGGUUAUCUUUUUAAGUGUAGGAGACCUUUUCUUCCUGAAGCCAGCCGCCGUCUCCUUUUGUUCUGAUUUCUACACCCCACUUUAUUCCAUCUCUUCUUGACAACACCACCCUGCAGCAGUUGAUCCAACCAGUGGCAUUUACAAAGAACUUUUAUUCAAAAUAAUAUAUAAAUAAUUGAGUUUUUUCAUUAGUGCUACACAUCGUAUACUCCUAGAGUUUCUACUAAAGAAAAAUUCAAGUUUUUGUAGUAAUUUUUAAAUGGAUGCUCAGAUCCCAUAUUCAUCUAUUAAUUCAAUAUAAUACUACAGUAUAUUAAUUAUCAAUACUGUACAAACAUGAUGUUAGUUUAUGUGUACCAAAGUCAAAAUGCCAUUAUUCGCUAAACUGCAGGGCAACAUUCUGGGGCUGCUGAGAUUUUUUUCACAUUUCCUUUAACACCAGAAUAUGUGGUACAGGUAUAAAAUCUAUGAUUGUGUACAAAAUGUUAUAUCCUGUAUAUUCCUUUUUAGCGCAUAUCUUUUUUUGCAAUAUAUAAUCGAAGGAUGACUGCGACCAAAACAAAACCCCAUCAGCUAUGUCAACCUGAAUUUUACACAUAACUCUGUUUAUUAGAUUUAAACGCGUGACGUGUCUUGGUUGCGUUGUUUUAAACAGGAUGGGGGUCAAAUUGCGACAAAACAUUUCACUUCGAAAUAUAAUAAAACAAUAGUCAAGUAUUAUUCCGGACUCGUAAUUCACAGAAGUGGAGAAAACAAAUUGUAUAGAUAAAAUAAAGUGAAAUGAGCACAAUAUCCAUGCACAAGAGACAAUAAUUAAUGUAUAGUUCACUCAAAACGUAUACAGGGCAUAUAUCCAGAAACCCAGUUUACGAAGUUGAUUAAUAAAAAUAAAUAAAUAUAAAAAACAACAGCUCCCAGCGACAGCUGUAAAGAUCUUAACCCUCUUUUAUUUUGAAAACAAACCGGAAACACCGUGCGUCUGUUGAACCUGAUCGCGGUGAGUGGACGGAGAUUGUUAGGAAGCAGUGGUCAGUCGCUGUAGCUCAGCGAUACUUUUGGUCCUGUUUGUCACCCCAAACUCGCCAUGACCCCGUGGUAAUGAGCACCGCUGGCUUAGCGCCGCUGUGGUCCCGCAGUGCCUUCGAGAGUCCGGACGGGCCGAAAUCAACCGCCAUGGCCUCGGCGUUUCCCCGCUGCACAUCUGUCAGGCUCCCCGCUUUGGCCGCUGUCAUCCUGCUGCUCCUGGUGUCGGUGACCACCGUGGAGUCCUCUCAAGGCGACAAGGAGCCGGUUUACCGAGACUGCUUGAAGCUGUGCGUCCGGACGAACUGCACCGGGGCUCGGCGGCGGAGCUUUGAGUCCACCCAGCCCCAAUACAUGGCGCUGAUAGGGUGGACGUGUCGUGAUGACUGUCGCUACCAGUGCAUGUGGACGACAGUGGACCUCUACCAGGCAGAGGGGUACAGAAUCCCUCAGUUCCACGGCAAGUGGCCUUUUGUCCGUUUCCUGUGUUUUGAGGAGCCCGCGUCGGCUUUGGCGUCCCUGUUGAAUGGUUUGGCCUGCCUUCUCAUGCUGCUGCGCUAUCGGUGCGCAGUGCCACGCCAGAGCCCCAUGUACCACACCACCAACGCCUUCUCGCUGGUUUCUCUGAAUGCUUGGUUCUGGUCAACCGUGUUUCACACCCGAGACACUUUUCUCACUGAGAAAAUGGACUAUUUCUGUGCAACAGCUGUCAUUCUUUACUCCAUCUACCUUUGUUGUGUCAGAACUUUAGGUCUGAAGCACCCCGGGAGGUCCAGCAUGGUGGGAGCCCUGCUCAUCCUGGUCUUCACAUCACAUGUCUCCUACCUGACUUUUGUUAAUUUCGACUACGGAUACAACAUGGCUGCCAACGUCACCAUCGGCAUGGUGAACCUUCUGUGGUGGCUGUGCUGGUGCUGGCAGAACCGGCGGACUCUCCCGUACUGGUGGAAGUGUGGCCUGGUAGCGCUGAUGCUUCACGGUCUGGCCCUGCUGGAGCUGCUGGACUUCCCCCCGCUGCUCUGGAUCUUGGACGCUCACGCCGUUUGGCACCUCAGCACCAUCCCGGUGCAUUUCCUUUUCUACAGUUUCCUGAUAGAUGACAGCCUCUACUUACUAAACACAGAGAAGAUGGGCGUUAAGGUGGAGUAGGAGGAGCUGGUCGUCCCUUCAUCACGCCUCCACCUGCACUCCUCAUGGGUCAGGGCAGCCGGACACCUGAACAUCGACGUCGCUUAACCUCCCAGAUAAAAAGCACGACUCCACAGACUUACAUCUCUGUUUACAUGUUUUGAUUUCUCUGUGAUUAUUCGAUGUGACGUCUCAUGAGGAUGGGUGUCAUGAUGGUUCUGUUUGGCCUUGGGCUGCCGUGUGUGCUUUUUCUUUCUCUUUGCUCCUUUACAGGGUGCUUCAGAAGGAAUUGAGGGGUGAAAAUGUACUAGCCCUUCUGCUGGGCUUGAAUCCUGCUUGUUGGGUUCCGAUUGGGAUGAGGUUGGUCUCCUGAACUCAAAGUGCCACCCGACUGCAGCAGCUGAUAGCAGUGUGUGUCAGCUGCCAGUAGAUGGCAGCAGCGGUCAGUUGUGUUCAGCAGUGUUCUAAAUGAACUGACUCCCUCACUUCCAGCUGACUGUUCCAGAACCAGAGGGACGUUCUUUGUGUUUGGGGUCAUUCUAGCUGACAUUUACUUUUUUUUUUUUUUAUUAUUGCCAUCACCUUUUAAUUUUUGUGCCUUUUGUUUUCUUUGCUCCUUUUUUUGUAUGAUUUCAUCAUCAAUCAGUUUUCUGUUUUAACCAUCUGCCUUAUUUGGUUUCAGUGUGUUGCUUUUGAGCAGCUUCUGCUGUAUUUUUCUGAGUUUGGAUGUGAUUUUUCUGCUGAUUUUCAUUCACCUGGAUUGCCUUUAAUGAGGAAACCGUUCUCCACAUCUGCAGUUUCUAACAAGAGAUGAAAUGAGAGGAGACUGACUGAUCAAGGGUUUAUUUGAUGCACAGAGUUGUAGUCUUUGUCACAUUUAUCCCUUAAAGAUUUUCCAAAAUAACACACACACACACACACACACACACACACACACACACACACACACACACACACACACACACACACACUCACCAGCUGUUUUACAGAGUAUCUCCAUCAUGUGGGCCUUACUGUAUCCAUCCAAGUCUCCUUUUGGUUUCUGUUGGAUUUAUCCUUGAAGCUGAACUCAUUCCACAUGUGUCUUCAUCUCUGAGCUGUACCUCCAUAUGUGCACUUUAUGGUUGUGUUCAAAAAUCAGCCCAUGCCUUUUGUGUGUUUUCUGUUAGAAUAUGAACAAUGGUGUGUGUGUGUGUGUGUGUGAGAGAGAGAUAAACUGAAUGACCGUAUGAGAGAGCUAAAGUGCUCUGGAUGGUGUGUGCGUGUUUGAGCCAUGUGACAACAUGCUUUAAGUGUUAAAAUGGUUACGUUUAGCUUUGCAGACGGUCUGUGGUGGAGCUGGGGGAUGACAGGAGAUGCUCAAAUUAUGCCAGUAAACUCGCUCUAAAUAUAUAUAUAUAUAUAUAUAUAUAAACUUUUGUUUUUUUUUUCUGGCAUUGAAAUUUUUAAAAAUGAGGAACUUCUGAUGCAUCAAAUCACAAAAACUACUCCCUUCAAUCAAAUUAGACAGAAACCUGAAAUUUGGUUUCAUCAGUGUUCGUAUAUCUUAUAAGACAAGCUGUGAACCCCAGAUUUAUCUCAUUUGUUCUUUUCAGUACUUUGUUUUUGCUGCAGCAUCCAUGUCCCCUCUCCUCCUCACCCAUCUGCUGUCUGCUGCUCUGCACCAUCAGCUCUCCCACUGAAUGCACUUUCCUCAAACUCAUCUAAUACCCAAAAAGACAGAUGUGGACUAAAUAAGUGUCUUUGCUGAUAAUAGUUUGGGUGUGUUUAUUUACAUGAAGGCAGGGUAUCAUGCCUGUCUUGCUAUGAGAAACAGAUGUUCUUGUGUUUAAAAAAAAAGAUUAAAAUGAUCAAACACUGA